CUUCGUCCUGUGAUCGGGUCUUCCAUGGAAUAACUCAGCUGCCUCCACAGUGUUUGUGUGGUUUUGUGUGAUAUGGAUGAUUUUGUGUGUGGUGUCCUUUUUCCUCUUGCACAACAAGGCAGCAUGACCAGGGAUUAAUUAUUCAAGGACUGCAAGCUAAAGGGGGAGUCAUCCGAUAGCUGGGACUUAUAACAAGCUGGUAUCAGGUGAAACUGUGCACUUUGUUAGGUGUUUUUUUGUGCUUGCUUUGUGCUUCCCUUCGGUUCUUUCUUUGAUGCUGGAGAAUUGAACUUUUAAAUACUCCAAAGAAAUUUUUAUUGUGGGUUUUUUUUUAUAUCAGAUUUUUUUUAAAGAAAAGCUAUUUCCUUUUUUUGCCAAUGCUUGUUACGAACAAACAAUUGGGUCUUGGACGCUCCCACAGUUGGGACACGUUGGGGGGGAAUGAGGGUCAGUGGGAGAGGCAGUGCGACAGUGUGUACGACCAGCAAGCAAGAGUAGCAGGUCGACGGAGCUCCCUGUCAUACGGGGAGGGAGGAGGCUGGUACGAAGCUCCACUGGGGGUGCGUCCCCCUGACCUGGAUUUGAAACGUGCUUCAUAUUCUUACCAAGACUCUUCCUACGGACAGGUCUACACAGAGCGGCACGACCCACGCGGACUCAGGAAGAGCUCUGUGCCAGACAUAAACCACUACGAACGGGUACCAAUGGCUCACCGAGGCUCCUUUUCGCAUCAAGAUUACUACUCUCAUGACCCAGCCAUGACUCCUCGGCCACCUGAAGGCAUUUACAGGCCAGAGCACCAGCCUCCGCCACCUCACCCUCAUCAACUCAGCAGGUCAGGCUCCCAUUUUGGAAUAGCUCCUGGGGCUCGUACUGUGUGGGAUCAAACUCAGUCAGGGAGAAGUGGGCCUCAAGCUCCUUCAUCACCUCUGCCUCCACAACCACCUCCAACAGCCCAUGAGUUAAGUCGGACUUACAGGGAACCUGGGGGUAUAACCGUUGCCAAGAUUAUGCAAGACGGCCAACAGCGCUUACCUUCCAGAGACCUACCUCCCGGUCACUAUGGUAUGGACCAUCCAUCUCCUCGAUAUGCCAGUGAACCACCCCCUCUCACCGGGCCGUCCGUCUAUACAGAUGUUGAUGGACGGCCUCUGGAUUCACAGCAGCAAGUUGCCACCUGUCUCGUUGUAGAUCCAGCAACUCAAGGUAUGAUGAGGCAAGAGACUGCAUCACCUUACACCAUCCAACAACAGCAGCACUUGCAUCAGCAACAGUUACAACAGCAGCAGUUGCAACAGCAACAAUUACAACAGCAGCAACUUCAACAGCAGCAAUUACAACAGCAGCAACUUCAGCAGCAGCAGUUGCAACAACAGCAACUUCAACAGCAGCAGUUGCAACAACAGCAACUUCAACAGCAGCAGUUGCAACAACAGCAACUUCAACAACAGCAGCUACAGCAGCAGCCAAUUCAGCAGCAGCCUUUACAGCAGCAGCUUCAACAAGAACAGUUGCAGCAGCAGCAUCUGCAACAGCCGCUUCCACCUCCACCGGCCAUGCCUGUGCCUGAUCCUAACCUUGCUCUGUCCUCUCCACUUCCAGCUCCAACUGCUCAAAUGCAAACUGUGGCAGUUGUUGCUGCUGCACCUCCAUCUGUUCAGAGUGCCCCUACUCCAGCUCUUCCUCCUCCUCCAGCUUCCCCACUUCCUGCUCCACCUUCUAUGCCUCCUGUAUCAUCUGUUCCACAGACACCUUUGCCUGUGGACCCCAAGAAGACGGUGGAUCCAGAAUUCCUUUCUUUUCUGCGUAAUGAAGGCCUCUCGGAGAGCACCAUUUCUUCACUCAUACAGCAAGGCUUUGACUCUAGUAGCUUGUUAGCUGUUAUGGAGGAAAAUGAUGUCCGCACUGUGGCCCCCAAUCUUGGCCAGGCUCGCGUACUGUCUCGGUUGGUUCAUAACUACAAGCGGCCCAUUGAAGCUACACCAGCCCCAUCCCGUCCUCAAACACCCAUGCGAGGUCGCUCUAAUAGCUUUAGCCAUCGCUCAGACAUCUAUCAGCAACAUCAUCACCACCAUCCACCGCACCUUUCUCAGGCUUUGGCUGUAGAUCCUCAACUAAUGCCCCCACCAACUCCUGGGGUCAUGCAAACCAUUUCUCCAAGGAUAGGAGAAGUAGUAAGUCGGAGGCCAAGCAGUGCUCCCUCUCAAAACCUCAUGGAAGUCACAGGGGGCUACCCAGGUCAACCACCUCGUUCACCUGGACCAUACACUGGAGCCCUUAUGCCUGUCCAGUCAAGACCAAUGUCUGCUUACUCCGCAGGGGUAACGAUGCCCGGGGUGCCUAUGCAAGGUAUGCAAAUUAUACCACAGCAGAUGACUGGGUCAAUGCCUGUACUACAAGGAUCCAUUCAUUCUAUGCAAGGUAUGCCACAGCACAUGCCUGUAUCAUUGCCAGCAUUACAGCAACCCCCCCAACAAGUACCAAAGGCAUACUCUACCAAUUAUACAGUCCCUAUGGAGCUGAUGAAAAGGGACAGGAAUUUGCUGCCAUUAUCCCCCAUGCACAGCCCUCAUCCAAGCCCUCAGUUGAUUCGUAAGGGUGGGGGUCCUACAACAGACAAUGCCAUGGUCCCCGUGGGAGCUCCAGUUCAAGGUCAAAGUGCACUGACUGCUAACCAGAAGUUAAGUCGACGCACAGGUCCUCCUGUCAUUGUGUCCACCAUGGCUUCUCCAGACAUAAGUAUCCGGCCCCAGAUUAUGAAUGGGCCUAUGCGCCCGCGCCCCCUGGUGGCGCUGCUGGACGGGCGCGACUGCACCGUAGAGAUGCCCAUCCUCAAAGACCUGGCCACCGUGGCUUUCUGUGACGCUCAGUCCACGCAGGAGAUACACGAAAAGGUGCUGAACGAGGCCGUGGGGGCCAUGAUGUACCACACCAUCACCCUGACCAGAGAGGACCUGGAGAAGUUCAAGGCGCUGCGCAUCAUCAUACGCAUCGGCAGCGGCUACGACAACAUCGACAUCAAGGCCGCCGGGGAGCUCGGCAUCGCCGUGUGUAACAUUCCUUCAGCAGCUGUAGAAGAAACGGCAGACUCGACGCUUUGUCACGUCCUUAACCUGUACCGGCGAAACACAUGGCUGUACCAGGCUCUCCGGGAGGGCACGCGGGUCCAGAGUGUGGAGCAGAUCCGGGAGGUGGCGUCGGGGGCAGCCAGGAUCCGGGGCGAGACACUCGGUCUCAUCGGAUUUGGGCGCACGGGCCAGGCGGUGGCCAUGCGGGCCAAGGCGUUUGGCUUCAACGUCAUCUUCUACGACCCUUACCUGCAGGACGGCUUGGAGCGCUCGCUCGGAGUCCAGCGGGUCUACACGCUGCAGGAUCUGCUGUACCAGAGCGACUGCGUGUCCCUGCACUGCAACCUGAAUGAACACAACCACCACCUCAUCAACGACUUCACCAUCAAACAGAUGCGCCAAGGGGCUUUCCUGGUCAACACGGCACGGGGAGGGCUAGUGGAUGAGAAAGCUCUGGCUCAGGCCCUCAAAGAAGGCAGGAUACGCGGCGCUGCGAUGGACGUCCAUGAGUCAGAGCCUUUCAGCUUUUCCCAGGGCCCUCUCAAAGACGCCCCCAACUUGAUCUGCACGCCCCACACCGCCUGGUACAGUGAGCAGGCGUCGCUGGAGAUGAGGGAGGCCGCUGCCACGGAAAUCCGCAGAGCGAUCACCGGUCGCAUUCCCGACAGCCUGCGGAACUGCGUCAACAAAGAGUUCUUCGUGUCCACGGCGCCGUGGGGGAUGAUGGAGCAGCAGCAGCCCCAGGUCCACCCAGAGAUCAACGGCGCUGCCUACAGAUUCCCUCCCGGAGUGAUGGGCGUCGCACCUGGCGGGAUAAUCGGACCUAUGGAGGGAUUGGUGCCUGGGGGCCUGCCCAUCGCCCACACGCUCCCCCCGGGCACCCAUCCGUCACAGGCUGCCUCCCCGCAUCAACCCUCCAAACACGGCGACCCCAUGAGAGAGCACAUGACUGAGCCGUAGUAGGACCGCCGCCGGAGCUGACGAGGGUCACGAAACCAGUGUAAACACCAAGGAUCCGACCGAGUCAACCCAUCCAAACAUAAGCUUGACUUCAGCCAUCUGGACCUACCAGCAAACUGCCUGUGGGGCAAUGUGUUACGCACUCUGUUUUUUUUUGUUUUUGUUUUGUUUUUUUUGUAUGAAACCACUAGACCCAAGUGAGGACAGUGGACGACGGUGCACGCCUGAGCUGCCACACCGAGAUGGGACUGAGCGACUGUCAAACUCCUGUGCAGAAGAUCCAAACUCUCUCCCUGUUUCAGAUUUGAUUUUGCCUCCUGAUUGGGAAAAUAAAAAGUGAAGUUUUUCUUUAUAUUGUUACCAUUCCGUCUGUAUUAUGGAGGUUUUCCUCUGACUUCUGGGAUGCGUUACCAGGAACUAAAGGCAGAACGGAAACCUGAUCCCCGUCCUCCCUGGACCGUGUCAAGACUAAUUUUCCCUUUUAGUUUUUUUCUUCUUUUUUUUCUUCACACUUCUGCUCAAAUACAUGUUUUUGUUUUACUCCAUUCUGAAUGUUUAUUUUUCCGUGCUUCUGUUGAAAAUCUGUUUGUUUUUUUCUGUUGUUCAGUCUGUGAAAAACUCGAGGGUUUACAGUCGUGUUUUAGCAGACAGGAAAGAUGAGGAGUUCCUUUGAUCUAAACUCUAGUUCCGCCUGUCUCGGUCUGUGAAGGGUUGUGCCCCCAGAAUGUAAAGAAAAGUUAGGAGAAAGUAGAUCUGGAAUAACAUUUGGAUUUGUGAGGAAUGACCCUUUUAAACCAAAAAAAAAAAAAAAG